AUGCCGCUGCGCCGAAGAAAUGGCCCAGCCAACAACGAGGCUGCCGAGCCUCUCAUCCGCUGCGCAGAUGCGGAGCUGGCCCAAUGGAGUGAUACAGCUGCAACAUCGACAGAAGAAGAAUCGUCUUUUGACCCAUGGAGGCGCCGGAUAGUGACCAUUCUGGGUAAAGUGCUGGACGUGCUUCCCGCUGCGCUGACGGUCUUCUUGCGGCCCGACCUGCAGGAGCGGGAGCUACGGGCGCUCGCCGCACUGCAGGAGCGCUACGUCUGCCCGUGGGACGCCGCGAAUGAAAUACACGUUCAACUUCUCACAACGCUCUGGAGAAGCCACUGGCGAUGCAUGAGAAAGGAUGUACCGCCGCUCACUGCUGACAUGUCGUCUGAGCGUUGGAAGGAGCUAGGCUUUCAGGACAAACACCCAGCGACAGACUUCCGAGGUGCCGGGCUACUUUCACUUCGACAGCUUAUCUAUGUGGUAGAGACGUACCCACGCGAGUGGAUCACCGCCAUCCAGACCCCAAACUACUUUGCUGCUGCGACGGGCAUCAAUGUGACGAUGCGUCUACUCGUGCUGCUGCAGAUUGGCACCGGCUUGAGCUGCCUUGAGGGGAAGAUGGCGCGGGGUUACACGCUUAGCUUGGCAAGAGUGAAUCUGUCCCGUAUGAUUUACCACAACAACACUGAGGUAGCUUUGCAGCGGCUUAACGAGGUGUACUGUGCAUGUAUGCGGAGGGUCUGGAUGAGCUGGGAGACGUCAUCAAAGAAUAUCAUGCUGUUCAAUGCCUUGCUUGACGCAUGCUUCGUAGAAAUGGAGGAGAUAAUCAAUGUAUCAUCCUCGUUGGAGGAGUUUUGCGCAUUGAUGUGA